AUGGUCCUUAGAUGCAUCUGUAUGAAUAUACAACAACAACAACAACAACAACAACAACAACAACAACAACAACAACAACAACAACAACAACAACAACAACAACAACAACAACAACAACAACAACAACAACAACAACAACAACAACAACAACAACAACAACAACAACAACAACAACAACAACAACAACAACAACAACAACAACAACAACAACAACAACAACAACAACAACAACAACAACAACAACAACAACAACAACAACAACAACAACAACAACAACAACAACAACAACAACAACAACAACAACAACAACAACAACAACAACAACAACAACAACAACAACAACAACAACAACAACAACAACAACAACAACAAGAUGAAGAAUUUUUCUCCAUUAUCCUCUCCCGCGAGAAAGGCAAAAGCGUUGAACGAAAACCAGGUUCCGGCCACCCGACAGUGCUGUGCGACAGUAAUGGACAGCAGAAGCUGAAGACUGAGAGCAAGGUGAUCUCAUCAUUCCGGCCGGUAGCCCGGAGCAACCGGCUAAAUAGUGAAGAAGUACUAAACCAAAAUGGACAUUUUUAUGCGGAAACGUCCGUCGGUGCUGGCUGUGUCUGA